CUUCAGUUGCUUCGAGAGUGGAGUGCCAGUGUUUUUUUUUCCUCCUGCUCCUGCCUCUUGCAGGAUUUUUCAUGUGACUCUUUUUCUAGUUCUUCUGCAAGUGUUGAGUGUGAAAAUGGCAAUUUUUAGUGUCUUAAGACUCCCUCUUACCUUGAGAACUGCUUAUUGUGGGAAAUCAGUGUUGAAUAAUCCCAGACUUUUCUCUUCCCAUGCCAAGUUCGCGGAGCACAAGCCGCUGGAGAAGAUUAGGAAUAUUGGGAUAUCUGCCCACAUUGACAGUGGAAAAACGACACUCACUGAGAGGAUUCUCUACUACACCGGCCGGAUAGAGACUAUGCAUGAGGUAAAAGGGAAAGACAAUGUGGGAGCCACUAUGGACUCGAUGGAGCUUGAGAGACAACGGGGGAUUACCAUUCAGUCUGCAGCCACUUAUACCAUCUGGAAGGAACACAAUAUUAACAUAAUUGACACUCCUGGUCAUGUGGACUUUACUGUGGAAGUUGAGAGGGCACUUCGUGUUCUGGAUGGAGCAAUUCUUGUUCUGUGCGCUGUAGGUGGAGUUCAGAGUCAAACACUGACGGUCAAUAGGCAAAUGAAGCGAUACAACGUUCCCUGUCUGGCAUUCAUCAAUAAACUAGAUCGAAUGGGAGCAAAUCCAAACCGUGUCCUGCAUCAGAUGCGUUCCAAAUUGAAUCACAAUGCCGCUUUCCUGCAGCUUCCCAUUGGCCUUGAAUCUGAUUCUGAGGGAGUUGUUGAUCUUAUAAGGAACGAAGCUAUCUACUUUGAGGGAGACUUUGGAAUGAAGAUCAGAAGAGAUGAAGUCCCUCAAGAGAUGAGGGCAGAAGCUGGUGAUAGACGGCAGGAAUUGAUUGAACAUUUAUCAAAUGUGGAUGACACUCUCGGAGAGCUCUUCCUGGAGGACAAAGGAUUGACCAUUGAGGACAUAAUGGGAGCAAUUCGGAGAUCAUGCCUCAAGAGGAAGUUCACGCCUGUUCUCAUGGGUACUGCACUCAAGAAUAAAGGUGUUCAGCCCUUGCUGGAUGCAGUCCUGGACUAUCUUCCAAAUCCCGGUGAAGUGGAGAAUACAGCUCUGGUGGAGGAGGAAGGAAAGCCCACUGAGAAAAUUGUUCUAAAUUCAGCCAGGAGCGAUUCCAAUCCUUUCGUAGGAUUAGCUUUCAAACUAGAAGCUGGAAGAUUUGGUCAGUUGACCUAUUUGAGGUGCUAUCAGGGAAUGUUAAAGAAAGGAGAUAAUAUCUACAACACGAGGACCAACAAGAAAGUUAGGAUUGCUAGGCUAGUUCGUUUGCAUUCAAAUCAAAUGGAAGAUGUAAAUGAAGUUUUUGCCGGAGAUAUCUUUGCUCUCUUUGGCGUCGAUUGUGCCAGUGGUGACACUUUUGUGGUCAAUCCAAAGCUCCCACUCUCAAUGGAAUCUAUCUAUGUUCCUGAUCCCGUUGUGGCUAUGUCAAUUGUGCCCAAUAAUACCAAGGAUCGGGACAAUUUUUCAAAAGCCAUUGCCAGAUUCACCAAGGAGGAUCCUACAUUCCAUUUUCACUACGAUCCCGAUAUCAAGGAGACCCUAGUCUCAGGCAUGGGAGAACUUCAUCUCGAGAUCUAUGCACAACGCAUGGAACGCGAGUAUGGGUGUCCAGUGACACUGGGGAAGCCCAAAGUGGCUUUCAGAGAAACCCUAGUGGCUCCUUGUCCCUUUGACUAUCUCCAUAAGAAGCAAUCAGGUGGCCAAGGGCAAUACGGAAGGGUUACGGGAAUACUGGAACCCCUUCCUCCAACGAAUAAUACAGUCCUGGAAUUUGUGGAUGAGACAAUUGGCACGAAUGUGCCCAAGCAAUAUAUACCAGGAAUAGAGAAGGGCUUUAGGGCAAUGGCAGAGAAAGGCUUGCUCACAGGUCAUCGGUUGUCUGGUAUAAAAUUCCGCCUUCAGGAUGGUGCCCAUCAUAUGGUGGAUUCCAGUGAAUAUUCCUUUUUCCUGGCCGCCCAAGGAGCUGUACGGGAAGUUUUUGAAAAUGGCGCCUGGCAGAUCCUAGAACCCAUUAUGUCGGUGGAAGUGACAGCUCCUGAAGAAUUCCAGGGAGCCAUCCUUGGUCAGUUGAGUAAACGCCAUGGAAUCAUCACUGGAACAGAUGGGAAUGAGGGAUGGUUCACCACAUACGCUGAGGUUCCCCUGAAUGACAUGUUUGGCUAUGCGGGUGAAUUGCGAUCUAGCACUCAGGGAAAGGGUGAAUUUACAAUGGAAUACUCACGAUAUUCUCCUUGUCUGCCGGAGUUGCAGGAAAAACUCAUUCAGGAAUAUCAACGAUCACAGGGCAUUGUAGUAGAUGAGAGGAAAAAGAAGAAGAACUAAAUGUUUUUAGUGUAUAUUAAUUAUUAAAUGAAUUCUUUAAAUAAAUUAUUUUAAUGAAGUA